UAAUAAAGCAUAAAGAAAUUAGAGUUAUUUCUUAUGAAUUUAGUGAAAUAUGCUUACGUCAUUCCUACUUAAUGUAAUUUAUAAAAGAUGUGAAAAUAUACUCUAAAUAUAUUUUUAAUAAAUGGGAUUAUGUGAGAGUAAGGAGACAGAACAUAGAAAUUCAGGUAGAAUUGAUAGUUUGAUUAAAUCUUCUCCAUCUUAUAAUAAUUUAAUAAGUUAAGCUACCAAUUCACAAAGCAGUCUUCCUUAUAAAUAUGCGACUGUGAUAGUACAAGAUAAUUUGAAAACAAUAGCAGAGGAAAGUAUAAUACAAGAGGAUCGAUAAAUUCAAUAUAAAUCUACUGCUCCAUCUCCUUAAGCUUCAAAGGAUACAAAGUAAGUGUCUUAGUAGGUUCCAUUGAUAAUUUAUAAUCCAGCUAGAACAUGGAGUUUAUAGACACAUGCUAUAAAAUAGGGAGGUAUGUAUGAAGUAUCAGUUGGAAUGGAAUGUAUAGAAAUGUAUGAAGAAUGGGAAUUAAUAUUAAAUCAUGAUGGUCCUAUUGUGAAUUAGGAUAAGUUAGUAGUAAAUCAAUAUAUAUAUAUCAUUAGUUACGUCAUUUGUUUACUGAAACCUUGUUAGUGGCCGAAGAGAAUUUAUAAGGAGAAUAUAAGGUAGGUUCUUUAAUUACCAAAACUAUGAAAGAUUAAGCUAUUUGGUAAAUUGAAAUAGGAACAGAUAUUCUAUAAGAAAAUACAUUUGUUAGUAAAUUAAUUUAUUCUAUGUUAGAAUUACGUCAUGCAUUAUCGAAAUUGUAUCUAUCAAGAACAAAUGAAAAUGGUUCAAUGGAUAAUCAUAGAAGAAUAGCAUUAACCAAAUUUGAUCCGAUCAAUAGUUUUUGGUUAAUUAAAACUAAAUGA